UUUUCUUAGCCGUGGGGGGGGGAGAAGGAGACCCGAGGAAGGGGAGGAAGAAGCGGGGUGUCGGUGGGAAAGGCGUCCGGUAGCGCCAGGCGGGGAGAAGGCCGCGCCGGGCCCGCCGAUGUUUGCCACAGAGUGAAGCACUUUGUGGACGGUCCCUGAGGCCGGGCCCGGAGGCGAAGCUCCGCCCGCGACGCCGCUCGGCUUCCGUAGUGUCUCUUUCUGGCUCAAAAAAUGUCAUCCAGCAAUCCAAACCUGAAUAUUCUGCCCAGAAGUGUCCUCAGCACCUUAAAGAACCCUGAUUAUAGUCCGUGGCAAAGAAAAAAUGUGGCCAAGAAACAAGCCUUAAGGUUAGCUUUGCCCCCCGUCAUGUUGCCAGAAAGGAAAAAAGAAGAAAAGAAGACGGGAGGAAGAUGGACGCCCGAAGACAAGAGACCAGUGGGGAAAACGGGCCCAGGCUUCGCUCUGAAAACACCAUCCUCCGUGAGACAGAAACCUGGCUGGACACAAACCAUGACAAAGGAAAUGAAGAUGGCGAGGAGUCUGGAGAACAUCAAAAUCUUGCAGCAAAUUUCCAGGAGCAAGACGUUCAGCCUGGAAGAACUGAAGCGACACUGCAGUGUGCUUCUGGAGAAGAACAAGGCGCUUGUGGAGAAGAUUGAGAUGAUGGACGCUGACAUUGCCAGCCGGGCCAGGGACCUUCUCCAGCAGUAUGACAUGUUUGGGACAAUCAUUGCGACGCUUCAGGACUCCAAUCAGAACAAAGUUGGUGUCACAAAAGCAGAAUACCUGGCUUCCGAAAAAAUGGUGGAGAAGAAUAUGGGAAAACUGGACCUGGAGGCGAAGCGCAUGCAGAGCAAAGUGCAAGCCGUCCAGGAGGAGCUCAAUGUCCUGCGGACUUACAUGGACAAGGAGUAUCCAGUGAAGGCUGUCCAGAUCGCAUCCCUAAUGCGCAGCAUCCGGAACCUGAGUGAAGAGCAGCAGGAUGAAUUGGAAGAUAUUGAAGAUCUGUCCAAACGGUUUCUGGAAGGCUUAGCAGCGAAGGCCCGCGAAGAACAGGAAUGCAUUUUGCAGGCUGUCGCAGAGGAGAAGCUGAUGCAGUACCAAGAGGGCCUGGAACAGAUGAACAGGAACAACCUGGAGCUGAAGAGACAAAUAGAAUUGCAAAAGGAGGUAAUUGAUGAGCUGAGGAAAGAAAUCGGCGACUUGCACAAGAGCAUUAUAAAGCUGCAGCACUCCGUCGGAGAUCCACGGGAUAUGAUUUUUGCCGAUGUCCUUCUCCGCAGGCCAAAAUGUACUCCGGAGAUGGAGGUUGUCCUCAAUGUCCCCACUGAUGAGGCUUCAUUUCUGUAGCCGAUAAAGGUGUGGUUGGCAUGACGCAUCUCUCUCCUUGUCAUCUCUCAGAUGGGCCAGGUCCCUACUGCUUUGCUGAAGAAUAGUGGAGGUCUCUCCAACCGGCCGUGUUCCAAGUUCAGAAUUUUUUAA